AUGUGGCGCGUGGCAUUACGGCGCCCUCGCGUCGCCAUGCCAUGUGGGUGUAUUGGUCAUAUUUACCGUAGAGGCAGCGGAGUUCCGUACGGCAGCGUCCCUGCUGAUAUUGAGAGCUCCCGCCAUAGUCGUAAACCACGCGAGGAGGAUGUGUUGAAAAAUAUAUCAGGCAGGUCGGGUUCGGAUCAGGCGAAUGAAGAGACACCCGCGUAUGAGGCGGAGGGUUAUGACCCGUGGCGGGUACUUGGCUUGAAGCCCGGGGCUUCCACUCAUAUGGUACGGUUGCGUUACCAUGAGCUUAUGCGUGAGGUCCACCCCGAUCUGGAGCCAAAUCGUGUCGGCGACAUAUCGAGGUUGAAUCAGAUCAAUAAAGCAUACGAAAUCAUUACAAAGAGCCCCACCAUAGACCGUCGCUAUCGUAACUUAGUAAGUGACACGCAAUAUUUUUACUACAAGUUUCUUCCCGAAUGGAUGGCACGGAAUGUCGAUGAGAUGCCUCGAUACUGGAGUUGGGUCCGGUGGCGUACUCCUGGUGCGUUUCAGGUGUUUCUGCUUUGCUGUGGUUGCUACAUGGUGGGGCGCUUUUACGCUGCCUUCCCAGUGCUCACAACAGCGUUCCUGCUUUCCCUCUCAUUCGAUAUUCUGUUUCAUACAAUGACUGCACCGGCGACAUGCUCUAUGCUGUUUUUGUACGCCAUUAUGUCGUCACAGAGCUAUGAUAUGGCUUGGCUGACGAGCCCCAAAUCCUUCCUCAAACGUGAGUUAAGUUAUUAG